UUCAAUUCAACCAUUCCCCUAAAUUCAACAUAAAAUUGCCUGUUUUUCAGAUGUGCCGCUAGUAGAAGUCUGCUAGUACUACUCACUACAAUAUUGAUAUAAAGAUUUGAUAUUUGGCGUCAUAUUUUAAAGGAAAAAAUAUCUUUGUAUCCAUAUCCAAGGUUAGUCGACCUUGGAUUGGUCUAUUCACAACAUCUGUUUGCUAUCUGACAUUGUGCAAACUGCAAGUCACACUGAGCUUGCAAAACGCGUGCCGUAUGCCUAGGUCUUCAGUCAAGAGGUAGGAACAACUGCCCAAUCGUUGACACCCACUGUUGACUGUGCCAACAAGGUGUCCAGGUUAAACACAGCAGUUUGUAUGUAAUGCUGGAUGUAUAGUGUCGUGUCCGGAAGUGUUCUGUAUCAUAUCACAACGCGUUGUUUUCGCGCAAAAAUCUGUUCACGAGGAUCCGAGGAGCAGCAGCAGAUGUUUUUUGCCGCUCACGUACGUGACAGGUGAGCCAAAGGGAUGAGAUAGGUGUUGUUGAAUUGUGCUCCCCGUUGAGAUAAUACUCAAGGACAGUAGGCGAUGUGCGACACGGUGGACAGCGGAACGCAGGUGGCCAUCCACGAACUGGGAAACAGGGAUGGCGAGGACCAAGGAUGGAGAGAGGACAUCAAACAAGGAUGCAGCAGAUUUUUGCGAAGCUGCUGUACCGUCAAAACGGCAAAGACACGAUUGCCCAUCUUGACUUGGUUGCCGACGUACCGACUGGCGUGGUUGUUCCGUGAUUUUGUGGCGGGUUUCACGGUGGGACUGACAGUGAUCCCCCAGGGGUUGGCUUACGCAGCCUUGGCUGAGCUGCCAUUACAGUAUGGCCUGUAUUCUGCCUUCAUGGGCUGCUUCGUCUACUGCGUUUUUGGAGGCUCGAGACACGUGACACUGGGGCCAACCGCCAUCACUACUCUCAUGGUGGCGGAAUACGUAAAUGGGGAGCCUGUGUAUGCAGUAGUCCUGUGCCUGUUAGCUGGCUGUGUGCAAUUCCUCAUGGGAGUUCUACACUUAGGGUUUUUGGUGAACUUCAUCUCCUUCCCAGUCUUAGCAGGCUUCUCUUCUGCAGCUGCCAUCACCAUAGCUACUUCACAAGUCAAGUUGGUUCUGGGACUGAAGAAUAUUCCACGAUCUUUCAUCAAAGCAGUGCCGACUAUUUUCCAAAAAAUAACACACACAAACCUGUCAGACAUGGGGAUGGGGAUUGUGUGCUUUGUGGUGCUGAUAGUGCUGAAGAAGCUGAAGGAGGUGGACUGGGACAAGAAGAAAGGAACCCUGCAGAAACCUCCUUUGUGGCAAAAAAUCCUGCGCAAAGUCCUGUGGCUCUUUGGGACAGUAAGGAAUGCAGUGGUUGUGGUGGCUGCAUCACUGGUGGCGUAUGGCCUGCUGACCAGAGGAAUCAGUACCUUCACUCUCACUAAGGAGAUCAAGCCAGGUCUGCCAGCCUUCCAACCCCCACAGUUCUGGCUGGUCAAGAAUGGGACUGUUGUAAAAAAUGGGCCCGAGAUUAUUCAGGACAUCGGGGUUGGUUUGGUCAUCGUUCCACUUAUUGGGUUUCUGGAGAGCAUAGCAAUUGGGAAGGCCUUUGCUCGCAAAGGAAAUUACAGAAUAGAUGCCACCCAGGAGCUGAUUGCAAUAGGUGUGACCAACAUGCUGGGUUCCUUUGUCUCGGCCUAUCCAGUUACAGGGAGCUUUGGAAGGACUGCUGUGAAUUACCAGAGUGGAGUUAAAACCCAGCUGGGUGGUCUAUUCACAGGUAUCUUGGUGAUUCUGGCCCUCGCCUUCUUGACACCAUCCUUUAAGUACAUUCCGAGCGCCGCCUUGGGAGCUGUCAUCAUCUCAGCUGUCAUACAGAUGGUGGAGUACUCUGUGAUUCCUGUCUUCUGGAGGGUCAAAAAACUGGAUUUGCUGGCUUUUUUCGUCACCUUCUUUGGUGUCUUGCUCCUUGGAAUACAGUAUGGCAUUGCCCUGGGAGUGGGUGUGUCUCUCAUCAUUCUACUCUACCCAUCAGCUCGACCAAGGGCUACGGUGUACCCAGCAAGUAUAGCUCCUGAUGACGUGUUGAUUGUACAACUAGAAAGUGGCCUUAACUUCCCAGCUGUGGACUACAUGAGGGACGUCGUGGCCAAGGACGCCUUCAAAGAGAAGCCGUAUAAGAAUGUUGUGAUGCGGUGCUGCUGUGUGAGUGACAUUGACUGUACGGUGGUGCAGGCUCUGGAUCAGCUCAUAGAGGAGUUUGAAGCACGAGGGUUGAAAUUACAUUUCUCCUGUAUGAGACCAGACAUUCGAGCGGCCCUGGUAAGAUCAAAGAUCAAGGGCUUCAGAUACUUCAAGACCUGUGAGGAUGCCAUUGCAGCAAUGAGAGCUGUGAGUGAACCUGACCAAGAGAAUGGAGAGGUCAUCAUGACUGACCACGCCCUGCUAUCCAACAUUGACACACCCGACGACGACACACCUGGCAACACACCUGAUAAUGUCCCAUGUACAAUCCACAUUCCUGCAGUAAAUGUGUCAAAAGUCACAGCAGUGUGAAGAAAAUGGCAUGUACAUAUGAACAGUAUAAAGAAGGAGCUGAGCCACUGCCAGGUGGUGACGUCUUAUCACCAUAUCAUGAAAGCCAUAGUAGCGAACUUAGGCCCAAUCUAGACACAGUUUUUACCGAUAUCUGUGGAGAUGUUGGAAGGGAUCUGGAACGCUGGGGGCGGGACACCCGUGGCGCUUGCAGUCAUAAACAGCUAUAUAGCCUAAUG